UGCACCGUCCUUGACUACACGAGCAUGAUGAUUAUCACACUUCUUUCAUUAGGUUCGACCCCACUCCUCUACUUCCUGCUCGGCCUGAUCUGGCACCUGGACAAUAUCCCGUUCUUGCAAUACCACGCGACCCGAUUGGCUGUUUGGCAAGUCAUCCUAAUCGCUGCCUACACGAUGGGACUCAUUCUACGCUACUUCAACCUCAAAGGUGUCUGGAGGAUGGUCAAGUUUUUCCUCUUUCCAUUAUCAGUUUGUUUUGUUUUGGCACUUUUGGCUUUCGGAAUUUACACUAACGUGUAUAUGUUCUUCAUCCGCCGAGGUUGGCUGGCACUUUCGGCACUUCUGUUCCCGUGGGCGGCAUAUUUCUUUGGCUUACUGAGCGCCUUUGCCUUCAGGUUGCCACUGAAUCAAAUCAAAACCAUCGCUAUGAAUUCCGGAGUCUGCCAGCCUGUUUUGGCUAUGGCGAUAUUCCUCUGGGGUCUCCCUAAUCCAGAGGCUGAUCUAGGUCUCUACAUGGCAUUUAUCGUCCUACUUGCAUCCUAUUUGCCACUGAUCGUAUUUUCGAUCGUUAGCGUCAGCAUGCGCUUCUGUUGUGGCAGAAAGACCAAGGAGGACACCGAGAAGUGUCUGCCUACUGAAAAUGGCGACACCAAUGGUCAAACUGGGAGUGACAACUGGGGGAUGGGGGUGGAAGAGGGUACAAGCGAAAGUGAGGUUAACCUUGAGUUGCAUUCCGAGGCAACGACGGCAGUAAUCGAAGACAAAGAUUCUGCAGAAUACAAGGAAGACCUCUGAGCUGCACUGAUAGAAUGAUAACAUAUCAUACAGUGUAGCAAUCUGCAGAAAAAAGCGGUAAAACUGUGUUUGGAAGUGGACAACAAUUCCCAAUGUAAGUCCACAAAAAACUGUUUGGUUUUUUAAAUCGAU